UGAGGAAUUUGUCUCACCCUCCGGCAUAGUGGACUACUAGGGAGUGUAAAUUUGCUCCACGAAGACCGACGUCGGGUGGCGGUCCGGCUGCACCAUGCUUAUACAGCUGAACGCCAUUCUUCGGAUGUUAGUCGUUCGUGAGGCCGGCUUUAUGGAAGCAAGGACGGGCCGAGCAGGCGCAGCCGGGUCCCGUCCGAAAGUGCAUGCCUGCCAGAAGGGUCGUGUUUGUCAAGUAAGCAGUGGGAAGUGAUGAAAUCGGGUGAAAACAAAUUGUGUCGGCAUUUCUGAAAACGAGAAAGUCGACUCCUGUGUCGGACUAGCGGUACUACAGGUUACCUGCCUCUGGAGACACGCCGAGGCCGGAGGGACGGAACGCCAUCUAUUUGUGUUGCGUGAUGAUUCUUUUCGCCCGGGGCAUGGAAUGGUUUUUUCUCCAAGUAAAUAUCGAGUUCUAUGGGCAUCGAGGCAAUGGAAGUGUGACAGAAGGGUGGAUGGCAUUGCCGAUCGCACUUCUUGUUUUGUCACCAGCGCACAGACGCGCGGGAUGAUGGGAAGGCGCCAUUUUGCUGGCUGGUGCAGGUACGAGAUAAAUGACCCAAGCACGUCAGGCGUAACCCGUGGCUCUAUCAUUAUUCCUCAAGUGGAAGUUGCACCUGCUGCAUAUUCCUUGAUCAGCGUUCGUGUUGGGUUUGGAAAGACCGGGAUCGGCCCUCUUUAAUUUGGUGAAUCUACAUCCCUCAGUACCCGUCCCGCAGGCGCGCCCCGCACUUACUACACCGUAGGUGAUUCUGAGUGGGUCUCCGUUCACCGAUCUCGUAUCCCUGGCCAGAAGACUAGGGAAUAAAGUUGUCGUGUAGUUCGUGCCUGUUUUUUCUGGGCAAAUUCGGUCGAUUGUCGCGUUGUCUCUUCGACCGCAAAUCCUGCGUUUGGACUGCAGCUCCAUUGCAGUCCUCUUUCCGCGGGGGGAGAAAACCGUGCUUCGAUUGUUGGCAUUCUAUUGUUCGUGGGCACAGGCGACGGCGCUGUCUUACCAACAGGUAUAUCACCGGUAUAGCGUGCGCGACCGGCCGUUCAAACGGAUAUCUUAGGUCAUCGUGCGCGUUACGUAUGGUUGCAGCUGGAGCCUGUUCAGCGCAAGUGACUAGCAUAGGGUCGUCCUUUCUGGUAGACCGUGGUUGCUCGUUUGCUAAUGUUUGCUGCUUCUGAGCAAGAGUCUGGUACAAACAGCGUAAUCGUGUGUUUCACAGCCUGUAACAGGUUUAUGUUGUAUGUGGUCGGUGUCGGGAAGCUUCUGGACUUGUGCCGAUGCUGAAGUGGUACUCGAGUUAUGCCAGCCGCUCAUCCAGGUCCCUGUUAAUUGUUAUGCCUCCUUGUCGUGUGCGGAGCGUUAUUUACAACGAAUACACUGUGUAGGUUGCUGACCCUAAGUAACCCGUGGCAAGAGGGAAGGCUAUACUUGUAUUCGCGUCGGCAGUGCCCCCUCCUCCCCGCAGACCCCGUGUGAUUGCCGCAAGCGUACUAUGAACUCGGUGAUCGUUGUUUCCGCGCCUCGUCUUGAAGUCUGUUGAAGACAGAUAACCUUUUCCCAGCACAAGUGUGCCCGUUUAUAGGUUCAGGUUCACCCUCCCUAGGAAACAGGCUCAUUUCGUUCUGAAGUGAAAUCCCGUCCAAAAUGUCCCCAGAAGUGGCUGAGGAAGGUUAUGGAGGGCGUUCUCAGGCCCCUGGUGCCACGGUGUUGGCAACAGUAAAUUCUGAAAAAACCUCCGAGCAUGCUCGACAGGAGGCAGAAAGUCCCGGCGACUUUUUAUCAGGAAUAAGCACACCACAGACGUUAUCUGGAGCGCCAUCGUUUCACCCCGCCCUUGGGGGCACCAGCGAAACGUGUAUGGCUCCCUCUUCAGAUAGUCGUGGUGACAGCGGGGUAGAUCAACUGGAGCAGUCUUCGAUGUUGUACGACAAUUUGGCUAUGAACUUGAUUCCUCUUGCUAUUUCGGCUGCAUCUUCGGGCAAUGACUCAGUUGGAGGUAACAUUGGAUCGACCAAUACGUUUUCUGGGGCGAGUUCUAAUGGAUCUUCCCUGUUGAGAGAUUCACCCAUCGGCCUUGGAUACGCAGGAUUGCAGGAUCUCACCUCCCUUAUGAUCCCGUCGCUGAACGGCACACCGGCCACCGUCGGUGGGACGGGUCCUUUCCAUUCAUCUGAUGUGGUGGCUUCAGGUGCGGCGGGGACGAGCGGUCCCAGAAGCCAAACGCCGUGCAUGCCUGGCACACCGCACGGUGGUUCCACGAUGGCAUUUCGAGGGAAUGCCCGUGAACCACCACGUAUGGGAGAGGGUGGCAACUGGAGGUGCAAUAACUGCAGCAAUAUAAAUUAUCCCAGGCGUAGGGCUUGCAAUAGAUGCGGAUGUGCUCGUAGCGCAGUAAAUGAUCUCCGAGUCGCCGAGUUUACACGACUCAAGGACGAGCUUCAGAGCAUGGGUCUCGAUUCUCACACUGCAAGCCAGGCAGCUGCAGCCCAACAGGCCGCUCAACAGCAGGGCCGUCUCCUCAGCUCCAUGUUGGACUUACUUCGGUCGGAUGAUGUAUUGCAACCAGGUGGCAAUAGAGCUCAUCAAGCACAAAACGAUGCAAAACCCAUGCAGUCGCACGGUUUACCACCAGUCAAUACAAGAAGCGGGCUGUGUGGAAACUGGGGCUCAACGAACAGCACCGACGGCCUGCGACUUAGUGGUCCCAAUUCAUCCCAAGCUGCAGCAACGUCUGGGGGAGCCUUAGUUUCUCAGCUGAUGCUCCUAAACAGCAGUAUGGCGCCGAUGAAGAUAGGAACAGAUUCUGCAGUCGGUGCCCCAACAGCUCAGCAACAAGGAGGGGCUGCUGGGUUGCCAUCAUCGUGUGGCUCAGGCGGUGCGACGCUGGUCACUUCGGUUUGUAACAGCGCAGCAAGGGUGGCUGGUGAACUGAGUGCUGCGUUUGAUUUAAAGCCUGCAGCGACAGAGAUACAUGACGUGACGGGCCAGACACCCGGGCCCUCGUCACUCAGUUUUCGCGUGUCUGCCAGGGAAGCAGGAUUCGGAAUCAGUGAGGAUGUCCCCGCAAUCGUCCCUUCAGUGGUAGAUGGGGAAGAUGCUACUCAGUACACAACAGCACUUCAAGUCAUGCUCCUCAAGGCAAAGGACGUAGCUGAUGCUCUUGUUGUGUAUUUUCAAGAGUUAGGGGAUCCAGAACCGACCAGUAAAGCUGCGGAUGUUCUCCGUACGGCUUUGGCAAUGCUUGGCCACUCUCCUGAUCCUCAAGCAAAUGACUCGGCUGCAAGAGAGUCUAAAAAUGAUGUAUCAGGGGUACCUUCGGCUUCCGCUAAUUCAGGUAUCCGGAGCAACAGUGGGAGUGUAAGAGGAAUUGGAGGCCCGAAUUUUUCCGCCCCAACAAUGCUGGCUCACCCAGAUGAGUUCAAAAAUCCCAGUAGUUUUCUUAAAAUAUAUGGUGAUCCUUUGUGUGGCAGCGCGGAGCUGAGCAGUGGGAACUGCCAGAACCCUGUAAAAAAUCACCAUGGAAAUUGGGUGUGCCGAAACUGCAAAAACGUGAAUUUUCCUCGGCGUUUUCGUUGCAACAAAUGUGGUGAAGUCCGUGACGCUGAAGGCGACCGAAUUGUUGCAGAAUACGCCAAACUCGUUCAUCACCAUCACCUAAAAGCAUAUAAGCACCUGGCGUCCAACCCCCAGGGUUGCUCUGGAGCAUAGCAGUCUUCCAGCGUAACGAGAAUAGUUAUGGACCCCAUUGGUGAGUGUGGCUGUCUGGCUAGUAUAAAAAAAUUCAAGGAUGUCUUCCCUCGAGAGGGGCCAAGUUGUCAGGCACAAUCGUGGCACAGUGAGUCAGUCUGUGCUUUUCGAGAGUGCCUGUCAUCGCGUGGACGAGUCCAAACAGAAUUACUCUUCAGGGAAGUACCUUGCACGAGGUACGAACGGAACUGGCGGGUGUUUCCAAUUUAUCUGAUGGGCAAUGCUAAAGAAGCAGCGGCGUAAUUAGCCGCAGUAGAGGGGACGACGAAUCACAGAAAUCGUUGAAAGACUUUUUUUCCAGAAGCAAGAAUCGUACUUGAUGAGGGAUGGUGUCCACAAUUUUUGCGGCGUCUUUCGGAUACGGUGAAAUCAAUGGAUCAAAGCAGCGGGUCCAUGUUACUGGCCAGAGGAAAGUCAAGUCGACUUUGUACGCUAAUGUGAGGUCGAGUCGUUUAUUUGUGUAACAACUCUGUACGCCCUUGUCCCGUGGAUCUCGAUUGGGCAAAAGUGGUCGUGUGAAAGGGCUGUUGUGGAGGCAGACGUCAUUGUGUGGGAGAUUGUUUUCGGUGUGGAGCAGUAUUUUGUGCGGGUGUGGAAUAGCAUCCAUUGAAAUGUCGACCAUCCCGAAGCACUGUGAUUCCCUAGAAAGUGCGAUUAGGGUCGUGGGUCCCCGAUGCAUCUAAGUCCUACAAAUAUUGAUUAUUCAUUAAUCCGUGGGCAUCCGAUAGCGCGAGCAUACCCUGAUAGCUGUCCGGUGACGCACUUCAUAGCAGUCAUAGGAUUUGUCUCGAGGCUUAUCCAACAUGUCAGAGGGCAGAUCGUGUGGCCCAGAAGGGUGCAUCAAGGCGGAAUUUUUUUGAGGCGUUGUUACCUAGUGGUAUGCACGACUGUGCAUUUGACGAUCGGCAGCUAACCGAAUGCAUGAGGAACCGAGGUGUUAUAAGAGAUUAUUCUCAUUGUUCGUGUGUAGCAUUCAUUGUCUUCGUGUUUUGUGAGCGCCUCAGGCUGGCAGUUCUUUUGUUUGAUGCAGCGGCCCUGCAGCCGUGAGGAGCGUUUCUUUGAUCGACCUCAGGCAUGUGGUGAUGUUGCUGCCGCCUUGCAGUGUGCCACGAUACAAGGGGAUCGAUGAUGGGUGUUCUCGUUGCGUCGCAUCAACCCAUUCGGGGAAAGCACACUUAGAAUCGGUUUCUAGCCGGAUACCACGCCCAAUCGUUGUGCAAGCGUAACGUGUUUUGAGCUUCUGGUGAGUACGAAUGUGCUAGAAUCUGGCUUGAAGCUACUUUUUCUGGGUUAGUGGUUGAUCUCGGGUGGCAGGCGCUGUCACUAUGCCAUCGCCAAAUGCCGGGGCACGUCAUUUCACGCAGGACUAAUAUUCAUGUGGGGGCGGAAAUAUUAUAUGUUUCUAAAUAGGUUUUGCUCACCGCCUCAACGCUAAGUGGGUGACUCGGACUGUUUGGCCGUCGGGAAAAAAGUGCACAGAACUGCAGCCUGAACAAACCAGAGAUUGCCCUGCGAAAACCCCCAUGCUCUCCUCCAUGUGGGGUCCGUCCUAGAACACGAGAAACCGCGCGCCCGUGCGUAGGUUGCUGGUUCACAAUGAACUCGAAACAGCAAGUUGCUGUACAGACGGACAGUUUUCAUUAUUACAGUUGAUUGCACGAAGUUCGGCCAAAAUUUUUAAAC